AUGUACAGUGGAGAAAAUUUCUCAUAUUCUUCUUCUUUAAGUUUUCUAUCACGAGUCACUGCUUUAGACAUUUCUAGCAUGCAACUUCAUGGUACCACACAUUGGAAACCUCUCAUUUCUUGUUUCCCUCAACAUAAGUUACAAUGCUUUCCACGAGAGUUGGCUCAUUUGCAGAGGUUGAAAUUGAUAAGUAUCACAAGUAAUAACUUUACUGGAUCCAUUCCGUCAUUCUUAAGUUUGUUAUCAAACCUACGCUUCUCGAGCAACCAAUUUUCAGGGGAAAUUCCAUCUUCCCUUUCCAAUCUGACAAAACUAGAAGUGUUGAGAAUACAGAACAAUUUUAUCCCUCGGGAAAUUGGUGAUCUUCGUUACCUGACUAUCCUAGACCUGCAAGUUAAUAAUAAGCUAACUGGCUCUAUACCACCAUCAAUCUUCAAUAUUACUACAAUGCACAAUCAUACUGGAAACCUUCCAAAAACUAUAUGUGAUCAUCUUCCUAACUUGGAAGGGCUUUACCUACCAAGCAACUACCUAGGUAAUCUUAAGAAACUACAGUGUCUGGCAUUAUCCCGGGAUGAGCUUACUCGUUUUGUCACUGCAAGACCAGAUGCUAUCUGCAAUUUGAAGAAUCUAGCUAGGUGCAUUAUACUUGUUAGGAAAUCAAUUUUCAAGUUCCGUGCACCAUGCUUAGGAAAUGUUACCAGUUUGAGGUAUCUUUAUCUAGGUUACAACAUGCUGAAUUCAAUAUUACCUGAAAGCUUCAUUCGAUUCUGGAAAACAGAGCUUUUGCGAUUUGCAAUGGCGAUUGGAGGCGAUACAAUAACAACAACAACGACUUCUUCUUCUUCUGUUGCUGCACCAGAAACGAUGGGAUUAAUUGAAUCAAAGAGGAAUCAUCCUCUUUAUCUCCAUCCAUCAGACACCCCUCGAUCUGUAUUAACUACAGUCCAACUUACUAGAUCAGAAAAUUACUCACUGUGGAGUCGAUCAAUGAUGAUCAAUCUUCGAGCUAAGAGUAAGCUUGGUUUUGUGCUUGGGACGUGUAAGAAGGGGUGA